AUGGGCGCGCAGGCCCGGGCGCUGCUGCUGCCGCUGCUGGCCCACUGGCUCCUGCGCGCAGCCCCGGCGCCGGCCCCCGCACCCCUCACGCUGCCCCUCCGCGUGGCCGCGCCCACCCCCGGGCCCGGGACCCCCGCCGCGCCCCGCGCCGCGCCCCGAGCCGACGGCCUGGCGCUCGCCCUGGAGCCCGCCGGCGGCGCGGCCAACUUCUUGGCCAUGGUGGACAACCUGCAGGGGGACUCCGGCCGCGGCUACUACCUGGAGAUGCUGAUCGGGACCCCCCCGCAGAAGCUGCAGAUUCUCGUGGACACUGGAAGCAGCAACUUCGCCGUGGCAGGUGCCCCGCAUUCUUACAUAGACUCGUACUUUGACACGGAGAGGUCCAGCACGUACCGCUCCAAGGGCUUUGACGUCACUGUGAAGUACACGCAAGGGAGCUGGACGGGCUUCGUGGGGGAGGACGUGGUCACCAUCCCGAAAGGCUUCAAUGGCUCAUUUCUUGUCAACAUUGCCACCAUCUUCGAAUCCGAGAACUUCUUUCUGCCCGGCGUCAAAUGGAACGGGAUUCUGGGACUCGCGUAUGCUGCCCUGGCCAAGCCGUCAAGUUCCCUGGAGACAUUCUUUGAUUCUCUGGUGGCACAAGCAAGAAUCCCCAACGUCUUCUCCAUGCAGAUGUGUGGGGCAGGUCUGCCCGUCGCUGGAUCCGGUACCAACGGAGGUAGUCUUGUCCUGGGUGGAAUUGAACCAAGUUUGUACAAAGGAGACAUCUGGUAUACCCCUAUUAAGGAGGAGUGGUAUUACCAGAUAGAAAUUCUGAAAUUGGAAAUUGGAGGCCAGAGCCUUAAUCUGGACUGCAGAGAGUACAAUGCAGACAAAGCCAUCGUGGAUAGCGGCACCACACUUCUGCGCCUGCCCCAGAAGGUGUUUGAUGCGGUUGUUGAAGCCGUGGCCCGCACGUCUCUGAUUCCAGAAUUCUCUGAUGGUUUCUGGACCGGGUCCCAGCUGGCUUGCUGGACGAAUUCUGAGACGCCUUGGUCUUACUUCCCUAAAAUCUCCAUCUACCUGAGAGACGAGAACUCCAGCCGAUCGUUCCGCCUAACCAUCCUGCCUCAGCUUUACAUCCAGCCCAUGAUGGGGGCUGGCCUGAACUACGAAUGUUACCGAUUCGGCAUUUCACCUUCCACCAACGCGCUGGUGAUCGGUGCUACCGUGAUGGAGGGCUUCUACGUGGUCUUUGACAGAGCUCGGAAGAGGGUGGGCUUUGCGGCAAGCCCCUGUGCAGAAAUUGCCGGUGCUCCAGUGUCUGAAAUUUCUGGGCCUUUCUCAACAGACGACAUAGCCAGCAACUGCGUCCCCGCCCUGCCUUUGAAUGAGCCCAUUUUGUGGAUUGUCUCCUACACUCUCAUGAGCGUGUGUGGAAUCAUCCUUCUUACCCUGAUCGUCCUGCUGCUACUUCCUUUCCGGUGUCGGCGCCUGCCCCCGGACCCCGAGGUUGUCAACGAUGAGUCCUCGCUCGUCCGGCAUCGCUGGAAAUGAAGAGCAGGGUCCGAGCUCGUGCGCGACCUUGAACUCUCUGUUAGGAGAAUUCCGUUUCAGGUGCAGCAGCUGGGGUCAUAAGGCAGGGUUCCUUCCUGUAACCGCUAGUCUUAAAUCUGUUCUGCUCCCAGAUGCCUUCCAGAUUCACUGUAUUUUGAUUCUUGAUUUUAAAGCUUCCUUCUUCUCCCUCACUUCCAAGAAAAAUUAUAAUAAAAAACACCUCAUUCUAAACCAAAACAGAGUGAAUUGGGCUUCAGGCUUUAUGUGACUGGUUAUGCCAGACUGGCUAAGUGUGCGGCCAAGACCAGCUUUGGCUCAUUCUCCCCUUCCUCCCGUCUCUGGAGAAGGGAGUACGUAUGGUUCGUAACUCCUCCUAGCUGAUGGGAAGCUUUUCAUAGUAAUUGCAUGGAAGGGUAUUUGGCACCAGGCCUCAACCUGGAUCAGAGUGUACGGGAGCCUUGCAAUAUGGCGGCAGGAGGAGCAACCUGGGGCCUGAUGAUAUGACCAUCCUGCCCGCUUCGGAGUUGGAAACAGAACCCUUUUCUGGGUCUCUCUGUGGUCUGAAUGGGAGCUCGAAUCCUCCGGGAGAAGAACAUCCCUCCACGGUCUUCACCAGCCUCUUCUGAAGACGGGAAGCCUGUUGUCCAUCAUGGUAGAGUGCAAGGGAAGCCUCCUCUUUUGUGCUCGUGCUUGUGUAGUACCGUGGGUCUGAAAAUAAGAAGCUACCUCUGCUGAGACUUUGCCCGGGGCCCCGCGCCCGGGUGGGGGCCGCAGGCAGCUUGCUUGCUGCCCUUGUUGCCCUCGGCUGGAAGAAUCAUCAUUCCGCUGGGCCCAGCUGGCCAUCAUCCCACAGGCGUCCUCGUACUUAAAAUUAACAAGUGGGGUUUGGGUGAGAAAAACAGAUCCUAUUUCGCCGGCUUGGUUGUUUGUUUUUUCCAGAUCUCUGAAGGUAGGUUGGGUUAUUACCUUUUAGGAAGGUAGGGAAAUGGCCGAAUGCCCGUCCUUGUGACCAACACUCAGGGGGAAGGAAGACGCAAGAUGUGCGGAGGACUUGAAGGAACUUCGGCUUUUCCCGUGCUUCCAGACCAUGUGUCCGCGUCUGCAGAACCCCUAGACUCCAGUGUAGCCAUCUGAACCCGCGAGAACAAAUCCGUGACCUGCGCGCUGCUCUCCUUUGGCGUGUUCGGUCUCCGGCGACGAGGUGGGUGUGCAGUGCGAUCUUUAUUUGGGGAACCUCCCUCUUGCUAUCAUU